ACUUCCGGCGGAACAUUGAAAAGCAAUUGUUUAUUACAUGUGGACGAUAUUUAGAAAACGUCUUGCGCUUCCAAUCCCGUUACGAAAUCAAUCAUAUCAACGCCAUUUAAUUCCAAGUACUUUUUGCAGAUGUUUUUCGGAAUUAAGUCAUUGGAAAGACGUAAAACCUGAUGAAACUCCCUUUGAAAUUCUUAAACAGUACACAUCUGUCCCUCUUGAAAAAUACCACGUCUUUCUACCACCAAAAGAAAGUCUUGUUAAAUCAUCUGACUUAUUUUCCAAACGAAAUGAAUAUAUCGUUCAUAAAGGAGCUAUACACCCUGAUAAAUUGCCAGAUACUAAAGAACUGGAGGUAGCAUUACUUGGUCAAAGUAAUGUUGGAAAAUCAUCUCUUAUUCAAGCAUUGUAUAAUCAUAAUGAAGCUCUUAGGAUAAAAACAUCAAAAAAGCCAGGUCAUACUAAAGUAAUCAAAAUCUAUUCUUACCCCAAAAAUUUCUCUUUGGUGGAUAUGCCUGGUUUUGGUGAAAAUAUGCCGAAAUACUUUGAAGAAUGCGUCGAAAACUAUUGCGUAAUGAGACGACAGUUGACAAGGCUUCUUUUACUGAUUGACGCUGAACAAGGUAUAACAGAUAUCGAUAAUAUAGCUCUCGAUAUGCUUGAAGAAUUUAACAGGCCAUACGUGAUAGUUCUUACGAAAAUCGAUAAAUGUCAUAUAAGUCAACUCAUUAGAACUAUAAUUAACGUUCAGGAAAGAAUUAAAAUGACUUUGCAUUGUUCUUUUCAACAGCCAUUCCUUGUUAGCUCUAAACAAGAUCUUGGAUUGCACCACUUGCGAUGUUUUAUUGCUUACGUUACCGGAUGUAUUUCUAUAAGGAAUCUUUAA